CGGCCCUGGAAGCUAUCAAGUGGCACCGUGGUUUAGCCGACAAAGACGAGAAGAACGUCACUCGUCAAGGGUGCCCCUCUAAUUGGACAGCUCUACAGAACGAUAGGAGGGAGCAGACACCGAAAGCCUCAUCUCCACGAACGUCAUCCACUUCAGAGCAGUAUUGUAGUGCAGAGCAUUAUCGACCCGCCACGAUGCCGGCCUACAACUCUAUGUUCAACAACGACCCCAACGUGCCCCGUCUAGUCGGCAACUUCCCUCUCCUCCCCCUGCGCACGAAGACCCGAGGUCCAGCCUACGUGCUGCCCUUUCCCUCGCCUCCCCUCCCCGCCAACGAGUCACCCGACCCGGACGCCGAGUCGUACGACAUCCUCGACGAGGUGCUGUCGCUCUUCCGCGCCAACUCCUUCUUCCGCAAUUUUGAGAUCCAGGGCCCCGCCGACAGGCUGCUCAUCUACGGCAUCCUGUUCGUGAGCGAGGUGCUUGGCAAAAUCCGGCCGCACCAUGGCGUUCGGGACGCCCAGAAGGAAGUCUUGAACACGGCGUUGGAUCUCAACUUUGCGAUCCCGGGAGACCCAGGGUUUCCCUUGAAUCAGGUGAGUCACGGAUUGCAGUACAAGUCUCGGGGCCUGGGUGAUGUGAACGGGCGAGGACUGUAGGGGAGUUGGGAUCUUGCGGACUGGUGACUAAUUCAUGAAUAGAUGUAUGAGCCGCCACGAGAC